AUGGAAGGGUUGUCGUUGCUCCUGCAACAGCUGCAGCAGCAGCAGCUGCAGCAGCAGCAGUUGCAGCAGCAGCAGCUGCACCAGCAGCAGCUGCAGCAGCAGCAACGGCAGCAGCAGUCCCCUGCACGAAUGCAGGAGCUGCUGCAGCGGAUUAGAGAGCAGACAGAACAGCAGCAGGCAGCUGAGCAAUGGAUACAAGCACUGCAGCAGAAGCAGCAGCAGCAGCAGCAAAGGCAACCGGCAGUGUCCGCAGAUCAGCAGGUACUCCAUCAGAUAAUUGGCAGACAGGCAGCGCAAAUGCAUGUGCUGCAGCAGCUGCAACAGCUGCAGCAGCUGCAGCAGUUGCAGCAGCUGCAGCAGCAAGCUCCGGCUGUCCUGCAGCGGUUGUUGCAGCAAGGCGGCACGCCGCAAGAGGAGCAGGAGCAGUUAUUGUGCGCCAUUAGCAGCAAAACGCUGCUGCUGCAGCAGCUUCAUCACCAGCGGCAGCAGCUGGCUGCGCAGCUGCAGCAUCAGCAGCAGCAGCAGGUUGCAGAGCAGCUAUCCAGUAUCGUGCAGGCUGAAAAGAAGGUGGAGCAGCAGAAGUUGUCUUUAGAACGGCAGCAGCAGCUGCUGCAGCGCACAGCAGCAGCAGCCGCUGCUCCUCCUCUCUCACCCACUAGCUACAUGCGGCAGCAGUUGCUGCAGCUGCUGCACCAGCAGCAGCGAGUUGUUGCAGCGGGAGUGGGAGACAGCAGGAGCAGCAGCAGCGUCCCAGCAUCUUGGGUUCCACCGCAACAGCCGCAGCAGCCGCAGCAGCAGCAGCAGCUGAGCGGAAACAGGAGCAGAGUAAUCCCUGGCGCUGUUCCCUUGAGGAGACGCAAACCCCCACCACGACGUCUGCAGCAGCACCAGGUGUCGCAGCAGCAGCAGCAGCAGGAGCACGGCGAGGCACAAGACAGUGCGAACGGCUCUUCGCCUACCUGUGGGCAGCAGCAGCAACAGCAGCAGCGGGAUGGGAAGGCCGACGCUGCUGCGGAUGGAGGCAGCAGCAGCACCAGCAGCAGCGAUGAGGAGUGCAGCCGAGCGACAGCAAAGGAGAGGCAAAAGCAGCAGCAGCAGCAGCAAGAAGCUGUUCUACAGCGUACCUGCGCCCAUGCUGCUUCAGUGGUUCGUUGGCACAAGAUGCGGCGGAAGCAGCAGCAGCAGCAGGAGCAGCAGCAGCAGGAGGAAGAGGAGGAGGAGGAGCAGCAAGAGCACCGUGAAAAGCGCCGUCGCGUGCAGCGGAAGAGCAGCCGCAGCAGCCGCAGCAGCAGCAGCAGCAGCAGCGAGACAGACGGCGAACGUACUGCAGCAGCAAUUCAGCAGAAGCUCUAUCGACGUUUGAAGCAGCUGCAAUUUGAAGAGGAUAUCGGCUUUCAAGGGAGGGGAAGGCGAGGAGUUGUUGCAAAACAACAAAUGAAACUCGCGGAUAAACUCAACGCCUUUGUCGCUAAUAAGUAG